AUGAGUGCAAUGUUUUCUACAUCCCGCUCUUCUCAGGGAGGUUCCUCCAGUGGAAACCUUGUGGAGUUUAAGGUUCGUUUUUAUGGGUUGCUUUCAAAAGAGGUAGUUGCUGACAAAACAAAAGGACAAGUGUUCAUCAAGCAGUCAAAUGAUCAGCUCAUGCAUUUCUGUUGGAAAAACAGGGAAACAGGCGCGGUGGUUGAUGACCUUAUCAUAUUCCCGGGUGACACUGAGUUCAAGGAGGUGAAAGGAUGUCCCGAUGGCAAAGUCUACAUGUUGAAGUUCAAAACUUCUGAUGAGCGUCGACUUUUCUGGAUUCAGGAUGGCAAUGCGGAUGCUGACAAGGAUCUCUGUAAGAAGGUAAGCGCGAUUAAUCAUAUUUUUCUUUCUUCUCUCUUCUUCUCAUUUGCCUAUACCACUAAAAAUUUUUCUCUGCUAAUAUCUUUAUUCCUGCCUUUUCAGGUAAACGAUGCUCUCAACAAGCCGCCAACCACUCGUGCUAGUGCUCGAGGAGGUUCUUCGGAAAGAUCCACUGGAGGAUUAUCAACGGCUAAUUUAGCGGGCCUCAGCGGGAGUGAGGUACGGUCUUCUUACUGA